CUAGAAGUCACCAAGAAGAUGAUGGAGCUGCUGACAGGAGAGUUGAUAGGACGUGUCACUUUCUAUUUCUCUCUGUAGAAGUAUUUAGAAGGACACAAGGAUCUCUACAAGGACGUCAUGAUGGACAAUCAGCCGCCCCUCACAUCACCGGAUGGAUGUGAUGUUGGGAAUUCCUCGGAGGGGCUCCGUGUUUCUUCUACAGAUCAUGUCAGAGAAGAUGAUGGAGUCACAACAGAUUCUCAGGGAGUGAAGUCUUAUUUGUGCUCGGAGUGCGGUCAAAGUUUUAAACGGAAAGAUCAUCUGCGAAGACACAUGAGAAUUCACACCGGUGAGAACUUUCCCUGUGAAGUGUGCGGGAAAUGUUUUAUGCGGAAAGAUCGGCUCACAUCACACCUGAGAAUCCACACUGGAGAAACGUUGCCGACUUGUACAGAGUGCGGGAAAUGCUUUUUGCGGAAAGAAAGCCUCAUCACACACCUGAGAAUCCACACGGGCGAGAAGCCAUUUUCCUGUCUGGAUUGCGGGAAACGAUUCAAUCAGAAAAGCAAUCUUUGGAGCCAUCAAAAACUUCACUUAGAUACGAGUUCCUUGUCAUCUUUGGAGUGCGGAAAACCUUUUAUUAAUACAGCUGAACAUGCCACAAAUCAAACAGCCCACACCAAAAAUCUGUUUUCAUGCUCGGCUUGUGGGAAACUGUUUAUAAGUAAAUCCCAUCUUAUUGUACACCAGAGGAGUCACACCAAUUAGAGGCCGUUCUCAUGUUCCCAAUGCAAAAAUCCUUCAUCAUAAAGUCAGAACUCACCAUGGUGAGAUGCCAUUUUCAUGCCCAGAGUGCGGGAAAGGUUUCAUACAACACGGGAACUUAAUUGAACACCUGAAAGGGCACACUGGGGAGUAGCCGUUCAUGCACAUCCCAGCCUGAUGAAGGGCGCUUUCGAAGACACUAGAAAAGUUACACGGGUCAGCGCUUACUUUCCUGACCAAGGAGUCCAAAAGACUUUAAUGGUUUCUUACCAACAUGAAAUUAGACAACCAACGCGUUUCGGGGCCCUCCUCCUUAAUCACGGCUUAAAGACUGAAAAAAAUGUAUAUUUUUGUAGGGAAAUGCUUUGUAUUCAAAUCUAUAUUAACCAAUUUGUUACAUUUUUUGCUGGAAAAUUAAAACCUGAAAACAAUUAGAUUUUUUCUGAGAGAAGAGACCCCGGGGAAUAAAAAGCUGACAAUAUUCGCA